GGCUCAUUCAGUCGGGACUUUUAUUCUGAAACCGCAUUUAGUCGGGACUUUUAUUCUGAAACCGUAGUCAUGGUAACAUGCAGAACAGUGUACAGUCGUCAGUGCAACUGCCGCUAUCUGCUGUGUGUAGGUGAUCUGUGAGAGCUGUCAGCUGUAAAGUUGCUGAUUCCUGUUCGUUCGGGGUGAUUGGUGCAACUGUAAUAUUAUGAUGUUAGUCAUUGCCCUUAAAGUAAGUCAAUUUGAUUAUAUUUAUGUUGAUUUUCAGUUGUGUAACUUGAUCUGAAUAGAGUUAAGCGUCCGUGACAUAAGUGCAUGUCCGGACAUGUCCUGUAUAGAUCGUUCUGUGUUAUCCAGAUCGACUAUGUACAUCAUUGAAUAUACAGUUGUGAUCCAUCCAUCUACCUACAAUACACCAAGUUAAUCUGAUCACCUGUCUCCUCAUUAUUUGUGCUCUUACCGGCACCCAGAAGGGUUUACUCAUCCAUCACCUAAUCCAAACCUAACAGUCCAAAGCCUCUCCAACAAAUUGGUCCUUCGAGCCGGAUUGAGUAUUCCCCUCUGAAGUUAUGGACUCUGAUGAGGAGAUGCUUGGAGGAACUCGCCCUAAGCGCCAUACUCGUCCUCCAGCUUACCUACAGCAAUAUGAGGUACAUUAUACACGAGGCAGACCUGUCGCUGAUCAUGAUGUUCCACAAACCUGGGAGGCACCUGCCCAACGGACUCCCCCCUCAUCCUUCCAGACCUACGCCAUUGCCCCUGAUGGUGACCUGAUAUGUUCUGGUGGAUCACAGAUCAUGUCCUCGAAUUAUCUGCCUCCACAGCAUGUUGUAUGUCCUCAGCGUUCCUUCUCGUCGCCUUCGGCAGCUGAUUUCACUACCUCUGCACAUGACCGUGAGCGACAGCAUUUGCGCCAGGAGCAUGCACAACUAAUGCAGACACAUCAGGCUUUCCAGGCUGACUUAAGGGAGUUGAGAGAAGUCCGUGCUGAAGUUAGAGAAUUAGUACAGGUGGCUCAGUCCCUUCGAGUCGAUCUCAGUAAAGCUAGAGGAGAGAACCUAUCGCCAGCACAGCUGACAGCGUCUCAGUUAUCCAGCCCCCUGAGGCCAGCUGAAUCUACAAACUUAGUGGAGGAUGGACACUUCGCUGAGCUUCCCCCACCCCCGUGGCCUGAGCCUGACGUUGAGCUGAGAGCCCGGGUGGAUGCCCUUGCUUUGUCUGAUACGGGUGCCACAAUUCACCUACCUGUGAUGCCAGAGACCAGAAAUUAUCCCUUUGUAUCCCCAGCUACUCAGUCACGCCCUCCUAAACCUUAUGCUCCUGAUGUCUGGCGAUUUCCCCCUCCUCCUACUCCUAAAGAGCUUCAAGAGCUGCUAACACCUGCGGCCAUGCCUUUACCUGCCAACCGCACGUCGGUACCUAUCUCCUCACGGUUCAGCUCUAUGCCUGCUUAUUCGAUUCCUCCAAAUCUAGCGAUGAAGGUAGAACCCAAUCAACCUCUUGCAGUAUCUAGGUCUGAAUAUGUGUACAGAGGACCUACCCCUACCAUUCCUAAGUUUAGCCGGCCUGAUCCUGGUGAGUUUGCCAGACUCCGGAUUGCUUUAGAGAACCUGCUCCCUCCUGACGGGACAGAACUUUUCAAAUACCAGAUCUUAGUGGAUCAUCUCAAGCUUGAGGAGGCUAGAAUGAUAGCGGACGCUUAUCUGAACUCCCUUACCCCAUUCACUGAUACAAUGACUGCACUUCAUGAGAAGUUUGGUCAACCGCAUCAACUUGCCUUAAGGAGGAUCGCUGUUGUUCUUGAGAGUCCUGACAUCAAGCGAGGUGAUAUAUCUGCCUUCCAGAGGUUCGCUCUCCAGGUACAGUCACUAGUGGGACUACUGAGAACCUUGGGACGCGAUGGUGAACUGGAGCUAAGUUGUGGGUCCCAUGUUGCGCGACUUCUUAGUAAGCUUCCACCUGAGCUGCGUGCUGACUUCCGUCGCCAUAUGUUCCACCAACCUGGCAUGACCCCUAAUCUAGUUGACCUUUCGAACUGGCUCCGUUACGAAACAUGGUGCCACAGCUACGAUGCCGAGCCGAUGUCUAAAGUCUUUCACGCUAAGCAAGACUCUGGAAAGAGAACUGUGACCAUCCUGCAUGGGGUUAAAGAACCCCCAGUUGAGACUCCCAUCUCUCGCAAGGGUCCCGUUUCACAAACUAAACCUUCUAAAGUGAAACGGUAUUGUCCAUUCUGUGAUCAGACUGAGCAUUAUCUAAGCCAGUGUGCAUCCUUCAGUAAGCUUAACUCUGACCAGGUCAGGACAUGGAUUCGGAGUAACAACCGUUGCUGGCGAUGCGCUAGGGCACACCAUGCUGCUCAAUGUGACCUUAAGAAACCCUGCAACCUAUGCCAAGGCACACAUCUCCGCCCUCUUCAUGAGGUGAAUGUUGGUCUAUCCCCGAGGGAGGAUUCGGCUCAAGUGGAAAAGAGCUGCCUGACGAAUUCCUCUCCGGAUCGACUCUUCCUGGAUAAACCCUCUGUCGGAGGUCGAGUCAUGCUCAAAGUGGUUCCUGUAAAUUUACAUUAUGAAGAUCGCACCCUUGACACCUUCGCUCUUCUUGACGAUGGCUCGGAGAGGACUAUUCUGCUCUCCACUGCAGUUAAGGCCUUGGGCAUCAAGGGUGUCCCUGAGGAUCUGCCUUUGCGGACGGUGAGAGACGAUAUUCAGGUCCUUCAUGGCUCUUCCAUAUCCUUUCGGAUCUCUUCCAUCUGUAAACCCCAAACCAGUUAUAAGAUCAAUCAUGCCUUCACAGCAGAUCGUCUUAACCUAUCCCGCCAGUCUUACCCAGUAGAACAGCUACGACAGAAGUACAGGCAUCUGCGGGGUCUUCCAAUCAGUACACUUAAUGAAGUCCAGCCUUUACUUCUCAUCGGUUCCGAUCAGCCCCAUCUCAUAAUUCCGACAGAGCCUGUUCAUUGGGGCGGCCCGGGUGCGCCAGCUGCAGUUCAUACACGCCUAGGAUGGACGCUCCAGGGCCCCAUUCCUUUCAUGGGGCGGCCUCAUGCAGCACGGCAAUGCCUGUUAACCUCCAUGGAUCCAAUUCAGGACGAACUCUUCCAGAAUGUUCAACGCCUGUGGCAGUUGGAUGUGGGUCCGCAGUGGGAGAGUAAAGAUGUAACCCGGUCCAAGCAAGAUCAUGAGGCUCUUCAGCUGCUUGAGAUGGAAACCCGCACUCACCCUGUGGAGGGCAUCAAUCGGUUAGCUACGCCUUUACUGCGGCGUAAGGAUAUGCCUUGUUUGAAUGCACCUAAGGAGUCAGUCCUACCUACCCUUCGUAGUGUAGAGAGGCGUCUGCUGAAGGACCCCACCAAAGCUGAGGUCUAUAAAGAGGAAAUGAGGAAAUUAGUUGAGACAGGAGCUGUUCGGGAAGCGACUGACCCCUUACCUGAUUCGGCUGAAUGCUGGUACAUCCCUCACCACAUUGUUAGUCACAAUGGAAAGUGCCGCAUUGUCUUUAACUGCUCCCAUCAGUAUCAAGGACAAAGCCUCAAUCAGUACCUGUUGCCAGGGCCCACCCUUGGGGCCUCGCUAUUGGGUGUUCUUAUCCGCUUCAGAGAACAUCCUGUGGCAGUGAGUGGGGACAUCAAGGCGAUGUUUCACCAGGUUCGCCUUUUACCUGGGGAUCGUCCUCUACUCCGCUUCCUUUGGCGGGACCUGAAGAUGGAUGAGGCACCUAGGAUUCUUGAGUGGCAGGUACUACCCUUUGGCACGACCUCCAGUCCAUGCUGUGCAACCUACGCACUACAACGCCAUGUACAGCAACAUCCUCAGACUGAUGAAACGAUUCGGUUUUCGGUGGAGAGAUGUUUCUAUGUCGAUAAUUGCCUGCAGAGCCUGCCUACUGUUGAAGCAGCGCGAAGUUUGAUUGAUCGACUACGGAAUAUCCUCUCUGGAGCUGGAUUUGACAUUCGCCAGUGGGCCUGCAAUGCUCCUGGUGUGGUGAGUCACCUACCAACCAAUGCCCGAGCUGUGAGUGUGGAACUGUGGUUGACGCAGGAGAAGUCAGAUAUCCCUGAAUCAACGCUAGGCCUGAGCUGGAACUGGCAGACGGACACUUUGUCGUACAAGCACCGACCUGUGGUAUAUAACACUCUUACAUUGAGGAAUAUCUAUAAGGUCCUAGCUUCCCAAUACGACCCUCUUGGCUGGCUUCUACCUUUUACGACUCGAGCGAAAGUGAUCAUUAAGCAACUGUGGAACAAACAGAGAGGGUGGGAUGACCCCAACUUACCACCUGAGCUCCUCCGGUCUUGGAAUAGUUGGGAAGAGGAACUCCAAUACCUCCCUGGUAUCACGUUUUCCCGGCCAUAUCUCCCUCCUGAAGUUGAAAUGAGUAUAGCUACUCAUGAGGUACAUGUCUUCUCGGAUGCUUCUGAGCAGGCAUACGGAGCGGUGGCUUACCUCCGGACUACCGACCAGGAAGGUCGGACCUACCUGUCCUUUAUCAUCGCACGCUCGCGUGUCACUCCUAGACGAGCUCACUCUAUUCCAAGACUGGAACUCUGCGGAAGUCUAGUCGCAGCACAGUUGGCUAAGUUACUGGAGAAAGAGUUGACCCUACCCAUCAAGUCUAUUUCCCUGUGGACAGACUCUACCACGGUCCUUCAGUGGUUGAAUUCGGAGUCCUGUCGAUACAGAGUCUUUGUCGGAAACAGAAUUGCUGAGAUCCAGGAGUUGACGGAUAAGUGUUCAUGGCAUUAUGUAAGUUCUGCAGACAAUCCGGCUGAUGACCUCACGAAAGGGAAACCUCUUCAAUACCUCGCUGCAUCCAACCGAUGGUCUCAAGGACCCUCCUUCCUCCUCCAGGAUCCCAAGGAUUGGCCAGUAUUACCUACGACUGAGACCAUGGCAGACAAGGUUGAACUGCGGAAAUCGGCCUUCUGUGGGAUCAGUACCUGCCCUCCUUCUUCUGGCAAUACUGAUGGGUGGAACUACCAUACCUGGCAGGAACUAUUGGACGUGACAGCCCAAGAACUUCGAACUACCAUUUCUCCUGGGACUUCUCCCCAGGCUGAGGAUUACCAUCAGGCUGAGCUCCAAAUUCUCAGACGGGUGCAGCAGGAAUCAUUUCCUGAGGACUAUAAAUUGUUAGAGAGUGGGAAGUCAGUCAGGUCCAAAAGUGGUCUAAUCACCUUAGCCCCGGAAAUGGAUCCGUCCAGUGGUCUUAUCAGGGUAGGAGGUCGUCUGAGGAGAGUUGCAGGCAUUGAGGACUCUGUUUUACAUCCUCUGGUUUUGGACCCUUAUCACCCAGUCACCCGUUUGAUCAUACAUCAUUAUGACCAGAAGUUACAUCAUUCUGGAUCUGAACGGCUGUUUGCCGAACUACGGAGAUAUUACUGGAUUCUUCGUGGCCGCGAAGCUGUGCGACGGUUUCAACAUGAGUGUCCGGAAUGUCAACGGUGGAGGGCCCAACCGACAAUCCCUAAGAUGGCAGAUUUACCCUCUGCUCGUCUUCGGCUCUACAAGCCUGCCUUCCAUUCUUGUGGAAUGGACUGUUUUGGACCAUUGCUGGUCAGACUCGGAAGACGUACAGAGAAGCGUUGGGGUAUUCUGUUUAAAUGUUUGACCACGAGAGCAGUCCAUUUAGACCUACUUCCAAGCAUGAGUACUGACUCCUUCCUCAUGGCUCUUAGAAGGUUUGUCUCGAGGAGAGGGACACCGGCUGAGUUAUGGUCAGAUCAAGGUACGAACUUCCGCGGGGGUGAAAGGGAGUUACGGGAAGCUUAUGCCGCAUUAGUUCCUAAUAUAUAGCAUCAGCUUGCUCGCCAGAAGAUCCAUUUCCAUUUCAAUCCCCCAUCGGCCCCCCACUUCGGUGGAGUCUGGGAACGGGAGGUGAGAUCUGUUAAGUCAGCCUUGUACACAGUUUUGGAUUCAGAGUCAGUUCCCGAGGAAGUGUUGAUGACCGUCUUGCUGGAAGUGGAGGCCAUCCUGAAUUCAAAACCCUUGGGUUAUGUGUCGUCCGAUAUUGCAGAUGCUGACCCAGUGACGCCAAAUAGUUUCCUCAUGGGGCGGCCGGAUGGAUCUCUGCCUCAAGUCAUUUACCCAGAAUCAGAGAUGCUAAGUCGCCGGCGCUGGCGACAUUCCCAGAUCCUAGCGGACCGAUUCUGGUCAAGGUUCAUUAGGGACUAUCUUCCCAGCCUUCAAACUCGCCAGAAAUGGCAAGCCUCUCCCCCUGACUUGAAGGAGAAAACAUUUGUUUUAGUUGUAGACCCCCAAUUACCUCGUGGUUUAUGGCCUGUGGGACAAGUUAUCAAGACUCACCUAAGUCCGGAUGGUCAUAUCCGUUCAGCGGACGUUCAGAUAAAGGGCCAAGUUUACACCAGACCGGUAGCCCGCCUAGUCAUCCUGCCAGCCUUACCUAAGGAUUGUCCCGAUGCUGCUAGCCCCUGAUAAGUGAAGUCGCCUUUCAUGGCAGCAAAGAUGCUCCACAUCUUUGGGGGCGGCUGUAUUAAAGGCUCAUUCAGUCUGGACUUUUAUUCUGAAACCGCAUUUAGUCGGGACUUUUAUUCUGAAACCGUAGUCAUGGUAACAUGCAGAACAGUGUACAGUCGUCAGUGCAACUGCCGCUAUCUGCUGUGUGUAGGUGAUCUGUGAGAGCUGUCAGCUGUAAAGUUGCUGAUUCCUGUUCGUUCGGGGUGAUUGGUGCAACUGUAAUAUUAUGAUGUUAGUCAUUGCCCUUAAAGUAAGUCAAUUUGAUUAUAUUUAUGUUGAUUUUCAGUUGUGUAACUUGAUCUGAAUAGAGUUAAGCGUCCGUGACAUAAGUGCAUGUCCGGACAUGUCCUGUAUAGAUCGUUCUGUGUUAUCCAGAUCGGUAAUAUGCUAGUAUUUAGUAAUAGGCUAUUACUUGAGUGUGACGAUUCAUUCUUUAUUAAGCGCCAUAUCAAUGUUAUGGGUUAUUAAUGAGGGGAUGUUAGUCGGUCUGUUAAUAUGUUCCAAUACUAGACGAUCAGCGUCAUGUCUGUUUGUAUGUAAUGCAUAUGAGCCAUGCGGUUACCCAUAUAUGGGCAUUGUAUGUUAUUGAGGACAAAUUGCCCUUAUAGUGUGUAUUUUCCUGUUUAAUACCAUGUUUCUGUUUAUUCAACUGGAUGUUAAGUAGAAAAAUGUCAAUGAUGAGUAUUGAGGAUAAUUAUUUAAUUAUUUAACAGUGAAUGCUUAUUAUUGUAUUUAGUUUAUUCAUUCUCUUUAUUGUACUUAUUUUCCAGACUAUGUACAUCAUUGAAUAUACAGUUGUGAUCCAUCCAUCUACCUACAAUACACCAAGUUAAUCUGA